CACGUCACGUGACUUCCGGUAGCCUCGCAUCUGCGCAACGAUGGCGGCGAUGCGUUUCAGCGGCGGAUUCGGUCGAGGCGCCUCUCGGCAUUUUUCAACCCGUGCUCGGCACUGCGGAGGCUCGCGUGUGUUGAACGUGCGCUGACGGGAAAGCGGGGGCCAGGUGAGUCGCGGGGGGGGGGGGCGUCAGUCAGGGCUCCGAGCCCGAACCACCACCCCCCCCACCCCCCUUAUUACCCCCCUCCCACCCCCACGAGAGUGGAGCUAAAGCGGAGGAGGAGCAGCGCGCCGCCUCACUCGACAGCUCGAGCCCCGGCGGAGAGGAGCUGCACUCCGGCUUACGGCCCGCCUUUUUUUAAUUUAUUUUUUUGGGUCCAAUUCCCUCCCGCACUAACGCGAGCAAAGCAGAGGAAGAGGAGGAUAAUUGCGUUUCUGGCGGCUGCCCCGUGGGAUCAUGGGAUAUCGGACCUCAUCAGUCACCUGCGAGCCUUUGCACUCAGCAUAGACGUACGAUGGACCCGGCAGAAGUCCAGACAGACCACGCCCGCCGCGUGACGUCACGUGACAUCGGCGGCGGCCCGACGCCGAACCCCUGCGAGGACGCCCAUCAGGUGGCGACGAUGCAGAAAAGAAGCAAGGCCAAAGGGAAGCUCGUGCGCAGCGCGGCCGUGUGCGACGACGAAUACGCCGAGGAAGAAGAAGACGUUCAGACGCCGCCGGACGCUUCCUGUCAGGAGGAGGAGGCGGCGGCGGAGAAGGCGAGCGCGCUUUCCGAAGAGAGCGGCGGCGACGGCGCGUCGUACCGCGACUCGACGGGCGUGGACCUCCAGCGCUUCAUCGUGGACACGCUGAACAGCAACCCCCGAGACCGCAUGAUGAUGCUGAAACUGGAGCAGGACAUGAUCGCCUUCAUCACGGGGGACAGCGCCUUCAAGAAGUUCCCGCACAUGUCGUCGUACCACCGCAUGCUGGUGCACCGCGUGGCCGCCUUCUUCGGCAUGGAGCACAACGUGGACCAGACGGGGAAGUCGGUCAUCAUCAACCGCACCAGCAGCACCCGCAUACCCGAGCAGCGUUUCCUGGAUCGGAUUCAGGAGGACAAGGCCUCGGAGGUCCAACACUGGAAGACGAUUUUGAAGUGCGACCGCGGCGCCGACGAACAGACACGGCGCUCCGCUUGUCGCGACAGGCAAAACAAGUCGAUGGAGGAGCGAGAGGACGAGUAUCAAAGAGCGCGCGAGAGGAUUUUCGGCCAGGAGCAGCCUCUCUGCACACGGGAGGGCGGCCACGUUGAGGGCAGGCCCGCCGAGGAGUGCAACCCGUACGCCGAAACCCAGAGGAGGAGGCAGCUCUUCAGGGGGAGCCGCGACAGCUCGGGGUCCAGCUGGACGGGCAGCAGCCGGCACAGCAGCACCGAGACAGACUGUCGCUACGGCAACGAGCCCCGGCCGUGGAGCAGCACCGACUCGGACUCGUCCGCGUACCGGCGGACCGCCGAGCCCCGCCCCCCGCGGGCCGCCGAUCCCGACCGGGAGCCCCGCGGCGCAGCAGGCUCCGUCUCACUCUUCAGGCUCCCCUGCGAGCCCCCCGCCUCGGCCGAGCCCGCCCACGUCCUGGAGAACGGCAUCCCGCCGGGAAGCAUCCUGGUCAACCCGCACACCGGGCAGCCUUUCCUGAACCCCGACGGGAGUCCCGUGGUGUACAACCCGCCCUGCGCCCAGCAGCCAAUCAGGAGCCAGGUGCAGGAAGCGCCGGCGCAGCAGGUGUACUCGUCCGUGGUGUACGCGGCCCCGCAGAUGCUGCCGGUGACCCCCCCGCAGCCGUUCCCCGCUGUCGAAGACCUGCCGCAGCAGUUCGCCCGCGUGGCCGUCAGCUGUCAAUCGGCGGGGGAAGCCACGCCCCUUUACCCCGCCGCGCAAGGCUUCGGGUUCGCGGCUCCGCCCCCCGCCGCCCCCCCCCAAGCGCCGUACCCCCACGGCUUCUGCCAGCCCUCAGCGCAGGUGCCUUCGUUCUACUACAGCCACUAUCCUACCUCAACGCAACAGUCGGCGAAGGUGGCCUCCCCCGGCUGCGCCGCAGCGCCAGGUUACGUCCCCGUGGCGGGCGUCCCGCAGCAGCAGUCGUACGCGACCGCGACGCCGCACCACUGUAGCGUGCUUCAGGGUGCCGUGACCGUCUACCAACCCGGUAAACUGGGCGAGGCGGGAUACUGCUGCGUGGUGGCCCCGCCCCCGCCCCCCCACUGCGGGCCCACCUGGACCGCUUAACACGCAUCUCUCGCGCGCGCACAAACAUUUAAGGCAUGUUGACACGAAGCACUCACACAUGAACGCAACGUACCAAAGCUGAAUUGUACAUCGAUACAUUUUGAUAUAUUCACCACAAAGCUGCUGUAUUGAAUGCAUAAUUUAUACUAUACGCAAAAAAAAUUGACUUUUAUAUUACAUAUAUAUAUAUAGUGAUUGAUUUAUGCCGCAAAAUGCACUGUGUGAAAACUGUGAAUAUAUUCAAUAAACGCACGUGGCGAGCUCACGUUUUACCGAUCCACAUCAGUGUCUUGAGUGUUCUUUAGCGCCACCACAUGAAGCCCACUUACAUUACAAGCAAUGAUUUUAAAAAAAAAAUAUAUAUAUAUAUAUAUUGUCCAGUUCCAUUAAUUUCAAUUUGGACCACUAGCGCCCCCUGUUGCCGAUAGACUUGCCACCUCAUUUUCCGUGCAGCAGAGGGCGCCGAUGCUACAUUUUGUAUCUUAAUCAUGCCAUAAAAAGACUAGCUGGGAAUUUAUGAUGUCAUAAAUUGGCUAUUUUUGAAUGAGAGAUGGCAAAAAGAGACAUAAAAAUCAUGACCCAAAAAUUAAUCAUUAAAAAGUGCUUGGAAUUAAAAAAAAUUGCCCUAAAAAGUUCAGGAUGACAAAAAAAGCCCAAAACAUUUCAUAAGUAGCCAUAUGAUGGCAAUAAAAAGAAAGUUUUAGGAGCACAAGAAUGAUGUGCAGAAUUUAGCCAUACCAUAUAUUACAUCAUUAAUCAAAAAAGUUCUCAUUACCCACCCACCAAGAAAAAAACAUACUGACGAUAAAAAAAAGUUAUGCUUGAAAAGGUUCUGAAGGAAAAAAUAUGUAAUCGUUCCCUACGAGCCACAAAGACUUCAUUCAUGGUACAAACAAUCGCAAAUGUUAAAGCCCAAAAUACAAAAAUAUUCAUAAAGGGGCCCACGAUUCAAUUUUUACGCCGACAUCAACCUUUUAAUGAUGUGUACUUACGUGGCCUUUCGUCCCGAACUCCCUGCGAUAAUUUCAUUUUUCAAGCGGCGCCGAGUCCCGUUUCAAGCCAAUGGCCGGGCUUUAAAAAUGAAAUUUGGAUUUCAUAACGCCGCCGCAUCAUCUUCAAUAAUUCACGCGCUCGCGAUUGUUGUCCUGCGUGACUUUCACACCAGCGAGCAGGUUGAUGAACUUUAAUAAGAAGAAGAAGAAGAAGAAGAAAAGGCACAUGUACAGCCAAAGUGAGAUGAGAGAGUCCACACGGACGAAGCUGCUGCUUCUCUUGCUUUUGUUUUGUUUUCUUUUGUUCCCCCCCCCCCAAAAAAAAAAAACUAAAAAUAAAAUACAGCAGAGGUCAGCAGGAGGGAGGGGGGCAUCUUCCAUCUGCUUCGCCAGUAGAUUCCAUUUAUGUAACAUCUGCUCGUUCAAGUAAGUCCAAAAGUCCUUCAGGUGGACGACCCCCCCCCCGUGUGACUCCCCCCCCACGCCCCCUCCUUACGCUAAAGAGGUCACAAAACGGUUGUUCAAUACAGUAUCAUUGGGGGACUCUCCCCCCCCCCCCCCCGCAUUUCUUGAACCGCGUUCUAACCCCGACAGUUUUUUUUUUUAAUUAGUGAUGAAAAAAUAUCAAAAAAAGAUUUUGAAAAAAGCCAGCAUCCUCACUCGUGUUCAAAUACUUUUAAAGCACUAUUACGCCGCAGAAUUUUUAUACCUUUUUUUUUUUUCUUUCUUUACACUAAUUCAUUUUUUAAAACAAAAAGGAUUUCUAGGAAAAUUUGUGACGAGUAAAAGAAAUAAACGGCUUCUGAAAGUUUUGGAACUAUUUUGAAAAUGUUGCUUAUCCAAUAAACAAAAUUGACUAAAGAUGCCACAACUUCUUAAAAGGAUUUUAAAAGAAUAAAUGGGACUACCUCAUAUAUAUAUAUAUAUAUAUAAAUAUAGAAUCACUUAAACAUCACUAUUUUUUUCCAAAUUUUAAAUUUUUAAAUCCAGAUGUGUGAUAUCAAAAUGAGAAAUCAGGUGCAACAAAGCAAAGAAUCAAAUUUUUUUUUUAAAUCAUCUAAUUUCAUGCACGCAGACAAAAUGUACUAAUUAGACUUCUUUUUUUUUUUUUUAAAUUAACUGGAAACAUUAUUUUGACAAACAUUUGAAUAUGAAAAUGGCGGUGACAUGCUUUCAAUUUUGAGGAUGCAUAUCACGCUUUGAUAAUGCUUUAGAAUAUUUAUUUUAGCCUGAAAUAAAGUCAACAAGUCUACAUUAAAUAUUUUUUAAAACAUGCUCAUAUGCAAGCGUUUAAUUUUUUAUUUUUUUUUUCCCCUCGACGGGCGAGAAGCCGCUUGGUCGUUAUUACAAACUCACUUUAGCCAUACAAAAUGUAAAAAAACGCAUUAAAUAUUCUAAAAAUGAUGGUCUGUUUUUUUAAAGGUUUAAAAUUUGACCAACUGGCAUUUCAUUCCUUUAAACGCCCCCCCCCCGACAAAAAAAAGACAAAAACGAUAACACACUAUAGUUGGGGAAAGUAAAUAUGAAUACGCGUCUAUUUUUCAGGAGCAGCGGGAAAAACGGUUUGAUCCAAAAUCAUUUCAACUUUCUGCGGGUUAUUUGUCUCUUCGCCACAAAAACGUACUCGAUGCGCUUUUAAAAUAUUUUCAUAAGCUACUAUUUUGAAUUGUUUUGCGAAUGCACGAAAAAAAAUAAAAGUAAAAAAAAGUGAAAAACAACGGUUGCAACUUUUGAACGGGUGAGGAUGCUGCCCCUUUUUUCUUGGAUUUAUUAAUUUUUUACACUAUUUUGAUGAGUAUUUAUUAAUGACGUACGGUGGGGAAAAAAUGUCUUUUGCUGACGCGAGUUAAACAUGAAGUCGACGCAAACAAACACGCAGGAAAUAUGAGGGGCCUUCAAAGCAACGUCACGUAUUAACUGUUAGGAAAAAAAAUGGUUACCUAUCAAUAAAAAUGGCGGGGGCGGAGUCACAGACGCACACGCACGCGCAGUCGCUGUGGUCAACGCGUGUGCUACUUUGGGCUCUCGCGUGCGCGGGGGUCCGACCCCAAAAAAACCCAAAACCCAAAAAGGAUUAGUCGAGGAUGCGCGCGCGAUAGGAGGUAUCAGUGGUCGAGUGGCGUCUACCGUUGCCUUGCCGAUCGCUCGUCUUAGCCGCCGCGGGGGGGGGG